AUGAUUUGGUUUCCAUCAGUGAGUCACGCAGCUUUAUAUUUACUCUCAUUUUUCUAUUUUAAAGGUCGCCCAAUACUUAAAGGCGAAUUGAAGAAAGAAAUUAGAGGAAAAAUUGGAGAAAUGGUAAUAUUAGAAAAAAAUAUAGAAGCUUAUCCUGAACCAAGUUUUCUAUGGAAACAGUUGAUAUCUGAUAUAGAAUAUCCCUUUGCUAAAACCGAGAAAGUUUCCGAAAUUAAUUUUAUAUCCACAUUAGAAUUGAUAUUGGACCGAUCGUCGUUUGGUUAUUAUAUAAUUACUGUACAAAAUGUUAUUAAUGGGGAAACAAGAGCAAAAACCUGGGGAAUUAACAUCAUUGAACAAGAAGUAGAAGUGGAUUCUGUUGAUAAAUCAGGAUGUCAUGAAGGUGUAGGAACUGGUAUUGGAAUUGGUAUUGGAAUAUCUGUUGUUUGUUUACUUCUGGUUUUACUGACAAUAUGUAUAUAUAGAAAACAUCUUGCAGCCAAGAAGAAGGUUCCAGAAGAAAGGUCAACUAAACUUUUAUUUGAUAAAUUUUGA